CGCCAUGCCGCGCCCGCGACGCCGCUAGCGCGGGCGUGGCCGGCCCGCCGCCCGCCCAGCCCGCCUAAAGCGGGCCGUGUGAAGCCGUGCCGUGCCGAUAUCCAUUCGACGCAUCGCGACUGCGAGUUUGCCGCCAUGCUGUCCGGGGAUUCGCUCUAGGAAGCGCUGGUGUCUUCGAAUUCGGCCGGAGCCGUCGGUAUGUCCCGUCCCGAUCAGACAGCGGUGUCGACGUUCGCAUGAACCGCAGCGAGCCCCGCUUUCCUCUUCUCAACUCUAGGUUCAGACGAGCGUGGCGCGGGUCUUCUGGCCCGCGGAGCAGGCUGACGAGCGCGCGCAGAUCGGCCUCGGCCGUGAGAUGACACAUUUUAUAUCCCUGUCUCUCUCUAUCUCUCUCGUUGAGGCCGCUAGUUGAUGAUACACACGCCACGAUAUCAUGGGAGGGUGCCAUGUUUAGUGGAAAGCGUAAAUAAUGAAGAACAAUGCGUUGCAGAUGUGCAGCGUGUCGGUGCCGCGCGGCCCGGCCGCCGCCGCCGCUAAGCCUUGCUGUCUCUGCUGGUGCUGUUGCUGCUCCUGCUCCUGGGCUAAGUGGUUGGCGGCGCGCGGGCCCGACGGCGGCCCCGGCAGGAAGCCGCGCGACCCCGGCACUUCGCCCUCCGAGCCGCUGCUCGACGGAGACGCGCCGCCCACGCUCGACGAGAUCCGCGGCUGGGGCGAGUCGUUCGAGCGGUUGAUGCGCAGCGCCGCCGGCCGCAAAGUGUUCCGCGACUUUCUCCGCGGCGAGUACUCCGAGGAGAACAUCAUGUUCUGGCUGGCUUGCGAGGAGCUCAAGCGCGAGACGGACCCCGAUGCCGUGGAGGAGAAGGCGCGCUUCAUCUACGAGGACUACAUCUCGAUCCUGUCGCCCAAGGAGGUGUCGCUGGACUCGCGCGUGCGAGAGACGGUCAACCGCAACAUGGUGGAGCCGACGCCGCACACCUUCGACGAGGCGCAGCUGCAGAUCUACACGCUCAUGCACCGCGACUCCUACCCGCGCUUCGUCAACUCGCCGCUCUACAAGGCGCUGGCCCGGUUGCCCGCCGCGAACUCUGAGUGACGCCCGGUGUACAUAGUACUUCCCACUUCGACGUAAGGUAGUUAAUUAUCAUUGAACGGGUACUAAUUUUGUAUAUAGUUAGGUAAGUGACGCGCGAAAGAGAGGCGCGGGCGGCGCCGAGACGACUCCGCCGCGCCCCUCGGCCCCUUUCCCUCCGACCCCUUCCUUUCUCGCCCCUUCUCCCCUCGCCCCCUUCCACCCUACGAAACCCUCCCGUCUGCAUUGCUCGAAAGCAAUAAUGGUGGACCAAAUAAGUUUGCCAGUGAGUCAACGAAUAAAUCUGUUCAUGUA